AUGAAGGUGACGGUCCUCUCCUUCAACGCUGUCGCUGCGUGGAAGUGGAACGCGUCGACCGAACCCCAUCAGCUCUACGCGUACGCCAGUCGCGGUCCGGACGGGCAGAUCGAAGAGUACGACGACGACGAUGAGGAGGUGUGCGGGAUCUGCCAGUCGGCGUUCGAAAGUACCUGCCCAGAGUGCAAAGUGCCUGGAGAUGAUUGCCCGUUAAUAUGGGGGGAAUGUUCCCAUAUCUUCCACAUGCACUGUCUACUCAAGUGGCUCGAGACGGAGUCUUCGAAACAGCAGUGUCCGAUGGACAGGCGGUCAUGGGGUGAGUGCUCAAGCCAGCAGAUGGAGUAG